UUUUUCUUAAUGUUUAAGUGAUGGCUGCCAUUAGGAAGAAACUGGUGAUUGUUGGUGAUGGAGCUUGUGGUAAGACGUGCUUGCUCAUAGUCUUCAGCAAGGACCAGUUCCCAGAGGUUUAUGUGCCCACGGUGUUUGAAAACUAUGUGGCAGAUAUUGAAGUGGAUGGAAAACAGGUAGAGUUGGCUUUAUGGGACACAGCUGGACAGGAAGAUUAUGACCGCCUGAGGCCUCUCUCCUAUCCAGACACUGAUGUUAUACUGAUGUGUUUUUCCAUUGACAGCCCUGAUAGUUUAGAAAACAUCCCAGAAAAAUGGACUCCAGAAGUUAAGCAUUUCUGUCCAAAUGUGCCCAUCAUCCUAGUUGGGAACAAGAAGGAUCUUCGGAAUGAUGAGCACACAAGGCGGGAGUUAGCCAAAAUGAAGCAGGUAUGUUGUGGGGGCGGGAAGAGCUGGAGCUCUACAUAUAUACACAUCAUUUUCGACAGCCUUGGCUGUCCUGAUAUAUCAGGUGCUCUGAUGUUGAGUCUUCUCCUGUAA